GCAGCACCCAUUACUUGUAGGGACAACCCUAAUUUUGACUGUUCACGUCUGAAUAUGAAGAGUUGCUAGACAGCUAAUUCCAGCAUACAGGAAAAUUAUGAACGAAUGAAAGCACUAGUAAGAGACCUCCAAGAGCAAGCAGAAAAAAUCAAAUUAGGAGGUGGAGAAAAGGCCCGUAAGCUUCACACAUUAAGAGGAAAGCUGUUACCCAGAGAGAGAAUUGACAGGCUUAUUGAUCCAGGGUCUCCAUUCUUGGAGUUCUCCCAGUUUGCAGGUUACCAGUUGUAUGGUAAGGAAGAGGUACCAGCAGGAGGCAUUAUCACCGGCAUUGGGCGAGUGUCUGGAGUGGAGUGCUUGAUUGUUGCUAAUGAUGCAACUGUCAAGGGAGGAACCUAUUACCCCAUCACUGUUAAGAAACAUUUACGUGCUCAAGAAAUUGGCAUGCAGAAUCACCUGCCAUGUCUAUAUUUGGUUGAUUCUGGAGGAGCCAAUUUACCUUGGCAGGCAGAAGUAUUUCCAGAUCGAGAUCAUUUUGGUCGUGUUUUUUAUAACCAAGCAGUCAUGUCCUCGCAAGGAAUUCCACAGAUCGCAGUGGUAAUGGGAUCCUGCACGGCAGGAGGAGCAUAUGUACCUGCAAUGGCAGAUGAAAGUAUUAUUGUUGGCAAGCAGGGAACAAUAUUCUUGGGAGGACCACCACUGGUAAAAGCAGCAACAGGUGAAGAGGUAUCAGCAGAGGACCUUGGAGGAGCUGAUCUUCACUGCAGAAAGUCUGGUGUAACAGAUCAUUAUGCUUUGGAUGACAGUCAUGCGCUUCAUCUAGCUAGAAAAGCUGUAAGAAAUUUAAAUCGACAAAAGAAAGUGGAUGUGACUGUAGAACCAUCAGAAGAGCCUUUAUUUCCUGCUGAUGAAAUAUAUGGAAUAGUUGGUGACAAUCUAAAAAGAAACUUUGAUGUCAGAGAGGUCAUUGCUAGAAUUGUGGAUGGAAGUAAAUUUGAUGAAUUCAAAGCCUUAUAUGGGGAUACUUUAGUCACAGGAUUUGCAAGAAUAUUUGGUUAUCCAGUGGGAAUUAUUGGAAACAAUGGUGUUCUCUUCUCGGAGUCAGCAAAGAAGGGUGCACAUUUUAUCCAGUUGUGUUGUCACAGAAAUAUUCCCCUUGUGUUUUUGCAGAAUAUUACAGGUUUCAUGGUUGGUAGGGAAUAUGAAGCUGGAGGGAUAGCAAAAGAUGGUGCCAAGUUGGUGGCUGCAGUAGCGUGUGCCAGUGUACCCAAAAUAACAGUAAUUAUUGGUGGAUCCUAUGGUGCUGGAAACUUUGGGAUGUGUGGAAGAGCAUACAGUCCAAGAUUUCUUUACAUGUGGCCAAACGCUCGCAUAUCUGUGAUGGGAGGGGAACAAGCCGCAGCUGUUCUAGCUACGAUAGCUAAGGACCAGAAAGCAAGAGAAGGAAAACAGUUUUCUGAGGCAGAUGAAGCAGCAUUGAAGGAACCCAUCAUUAGGAGGUUUGAGGAGGAAGGAAACCCUUAUUAUUCCAGUGCAAGGUUGUGGGAUGAUGGAAUUAUUGAUCCGGCUGACACGAGACUGGUUUUGGGCCUCAGUCUCAGCGCAGCGCUGAAUGCACCUACUAAGAAGACAGAAUUUGGGAUUUUCAGGAUGUAAUGCAAGUGUCCCCAUUGCCUGUGUAUAUUGUAACUGGGGCUAGAGAGCAAAUUCUCUGCUGUGCUGAGGUGUUUUGAACUGAGGAAAAAAGUAAAGAUUUAUACUGCACUCUUUUGGAWGGAAGUGUCUUAAUUAUAUGUUUUCACUGAGGAAUCCUCACGCUGCACUGCAGUGUUUUAACRUUGAUUUCUGGUCAGUCACUGAUAGUGUCGUGUGUAACACCUGGGUCCAUUUGGCUGAAUAACUGGUAACUUCUGGCACUGCUAAAUGUUUGACACGAGACAUUUGCAUUAUCCCUUCAGUAAAACUGUGCAAAGUAUGCUGUAUAUUUGCUGCUUAUGAGCUCUCUUAUUUCUUUUAGUUCUAUUUUGUAUGUUUCCUGUAGGUGCAAUCCAACAAAAUCCACGCUCAGUGGUCAGUGAUUUCUGCCAAGCCCGAGUGCAGUAGGGGCAGCGGGGUGGCUCAGCACAGCCUGAAACUAGAGACGUCACACAGCUGUUGGUGCCUUGGCCUCCAUCCAAAAAACCAUUGCCCUCCUGUGUGAUUCCCUGAGGACCAAACGUCAGGGAGCCUGGCGGCCGGCCGGCUCCUUCCGCAAGAGCCGGAGAGGCCUAUGGACACCCAUGGGAGCUGCAGGGUGCCGGGCGCUUUCAGAGCCCGCGGCGGCUGCUGCUGCCGCCACGUUUCCGUGCUUGUGAGCCCUCUGGUGACUCCGUGUGCACAGACCCUGCAGUGUCCCCGCAUGGAUCCRUACUCCACGCGCAGCUCGCGCCUGGCUGCUGCUCUUGGGCUGUUAACGGCAGUGCUGGGGAGCCUUGUUGAAUCCCAUUUAUUUAGGGUAAUUUUGCUGCGGUGUAAUAUGCUUUUAGGGAGUUAAAUGUCUGGUGUUUCGUUUGUUCUCUUCACAUAUGUUGUACCUCAUAGAGACUAAACGCUUGGUGUGUACUUUGCCCAGAAUAGCGAGGUAAAUAUUGUGCUAGCUGGAAUUAGGAAGGGAAUUUUACCUACGUUGCAUCUGUGGGUGUUCAAAUACCAAGUAUGUAAUGGCUAAAUAUYUUUUUACCAGAAUAAAUAUUUUUUGCAGGAA